UGUCCCACUCGAAACCAAAACAGAAAGAUGAAUCAGGAGAUCAAUCGAUCGAUCGUAUACAGUUGCGUCUUUAUACAUAUACAUAUGGAGUGUAUAUAGAGCGAGAGUGUGUAAUUUUGUGUCUUUCUCUCUCUAGGGUCACGUUGUUGCUGCGUUAGGUUGUUUUUCGAAGAAUAUGUGUGUGUGUGUGUGUGUGUGUGUGUGUGUGUAUAUAUAGAGUUAUAAACACACAUGUACCAGUGAGAAAUUUCAUCGUCAUCUCCAUUUUCAAUCCUUUUCCAUCUCUUAUUUUCUCUUUUCUUCUCUUCUCUCUCACACUUCACGUCGUUGUACUUUAUACGUAUAUGCAUAAAUGUAGAUAGAGAGAGAGUGGAAGAGAGAGAAAGAGGAAAGCCUUGUCUUCUUCCUACCAUAUACUCUGUCUUUAUAAAGCUUUGUUGCCUCAGACGCGGAAACAAAAAUUUAUAGGGAGAGAGAGAGAGAGGCAGAGCAAGAUGGCCCCAGCUGCUACGAAGGUUGAUGAGUUUGUGCCUCACCCCGUCAAGGAGCAACUACCCGGAGUCGACUUCUGUGUCAACAGCAAUCCUUCUUGGCCUGAAGCCAUCAUUCUGGCUUUUCAGCAUUACUUGGUGAUGCUUGGGACUACUGUUAUCAUCCCCACCGUCGUUGUUCCUUUGAUGGGUGGUGGCAAUAGGGAGAAGGCUGAAGUGAUACAAACUCUGCUUUUCGUCGCGGGAGUGAACACAUUGUUGCAGACUUGGUUUGGAACUCGGCUUCCGGUGGUGAUCGGGGGUUCCUACGCAUUCAUUGUUCCUACUGUUUUUGUUGCAUUAGCCAAUAGAUACAGCAUAUAUUCUGAUCCCCAUCAAAGGUUUCUUAGAACAAUGAGAGGAAUACAAGGAGCCCUCUUGAUUGCAUCCAUUCUCCCAAUAUUAGCUGGUUUGCUUGGUAUAUGGAGAAUUAUUUUGAGGCUCCUUAGUCCUCUUUCUGCUGUUCCUCUUGUAACACUUGUCGGACUUGGGCUUUAUGAACAUGGUUUUCCACAACUGGCAGUAUGUGUUGAAGUUGGGCUUCCAGAGUUAAUUAUAUUAAUUGUUUUAUCUCAGUAUAUCCCUUACAUACUGAAAUCGAAACAAUUCAGAUAUGAGAGAUUUGCUGUUCUGUUAUCGGUAGCAAUUGUAUGGACAUAUGCAGCUCUUCUGACUGCAGCAGGUGCAUACAAAAAUAGACCUCCACAAACUCAGAUUAGUUGUCGUGUUGAUCGCUCUGGGCUCAUUAGUGGUGCUUCUUGGAUAAGGUUUCCGUAUCCAUUCCAAUGGGGACGCCCCACUUUAAAUGCUGGCGAAGCUUUUGUAAUGAUGGCUGCAGCUUUUGUUGCUCUCAUUGAGUCUACUGGCACAUUUAUUGCAGCUUCAAGAUUUGGGAGUGCCACACAUAUACCACCUUCUGUUUUUGGCCGUGGUGCUGCUUGGCUGGGAAUAGGCAUUUUGCUGGAUGGGUUGUUCGGCACAGCAGCUGGCUCAACUGCAUCAGUCGAAAAUGCAGGUCUUUUGGGACUGACACGAGUUGGAAGCCGAAGAGUGAUUCAAAUAUCAGCAGGGUUCAUGCUUUUCUUUUCUGUAUUAGGAAAGUUUGGAGCUGUUCUCGCUUCUAUACCUCUGCCAAUCUUUGGAGCUCUGUACUGCAUCUUGUUCGCCUACAUGUCUUCUGCUGGUCUUGGUUUACUACAGUUCUGCAACCUCAACAGCUACAGGACAAAGUUCAUCAUAGGUUUCUCAAUCUUCAUGGGUCUCUCUGUACCACAAUACUUCAAUGAUUAUGUGAUUCUUUCCGGUCGUGGUCCUGUUCGCACUCAUUCCAUCUGGUUUAACACAAUGAUUCAAGUGAUCUUCACGUCCCCGGCCACAGUGGCAGCUAUCAUUGCUCUCUUCUUGGACUGCACUCUUGCCCGUAAGCACACUUCGACUCGGCGUGACAGCGGUAGGCAUUGGUGGGAGAAGUUCAAGUACUUUGAUAAGGAUCCCAGGAGUGCAGAAUUCUAUGCUCUCCCUUUCAGCCUUGCCAAGUAUUUCCCAUCAAUCUAACUCCAAACUCUUUGCUUCCUAUCCAUUGAGAGAGACACACAAACAUCCGUUUAAAUUCAUUGUGCCCAAUUGACAUUGUUGGCAAUGUUUUUUCUUGAAUACGGAAUGUGAUAUAUAUAGAAAAAAAAAAAAAACUUAUGUGAGUGGCAGUGGAUACUAGCUAAAGCUUAUAAAUACAGUGCUGUGGAUGAAAAAUGGAUAUGUUAAUUGAUAUAUGAAACCUCUACUGACCGUUUGUUUCUAAAAUUGAGUUUCUAAAGGUAAUUGUGUCUUGAAUGGGUUACAAUGUUCUGAUAUGGGAUUGCAACUGUUGUGUGAAUGGAACAUUUGAGUAAAUUGCUAGAGAAAAAUGAGUGUCUACAACCACUCUU